GCUAACUCAAUUAGCCGGAUGAACCUUCUUGACGAGAGCGGUCGGUCCCUAUGUAACGGGCCUACUUACUGGGCCACCAAGGUCAAUCAAGUCUGUACACUUGUAGCGGAACUUAGAGUAGAUACAGACUUUAGAUCUGAAGAAUUCAAAUGGAAAUGUGUGAUUGGUCAACCAAAAGGGUGGAACCUCCACCUGCUUCCAAAUUGGCUGGCGAAACUUCUUAAGCGGUGGAUAUUAAACAGGUUCCAGCACUACAGAAGAGAUCAAACUUUGUUCAAAAACUUUCAUCUUUGUGAAGGAUCCGAAGAAGGACAUCUGGUUCUUAGUAGACAGACAUGUAGCGGCACUCUAUUUAAAGCAUCCUCUAAGCGUUACAAUAUAGUCGUAAAUUCGUUGAGGAUGCCUAGUGAAAAGGUGAUGGAAAAGUUUUAUCUGUCGAACGGCUACGACCACCCUGGUACCUUGGGCCUAGAUUGCCGCGAAUGAUCCACUUUUUACUUCUCGGUGUUUGUGUAAGAAUUUUGUGUCUUUAAAAGCUACAUUUAUAUUUUUAAUUUUUAAGUGUACUUAAAUGAUUGCUUGUUACUUUAAGGCAGACGGUAUUAUCAGGUGAACAUAAAUUGUGAACGAGUAACAUAAAUAA